GAAAGCGAAGGACUUAUAUACCUGGAUCAGCUUUUCGGUUACUGGACGCUCUCGAAGAGUUCGUUCUUCGCUCUUUGUUUCUGAAAAGAACUUUUUGCUCAGAACAUCCACCGGCGCAAGAUUUCUCUUCGGCGGUUUCAAAAAUGACUCUCUGGAUCUUCGUCAUAUCUUCCUUCUUCAUUUGCACAACCCUGGCCUCUCACAGUGGCUACUCAGAGUAUGACUCCCCCAAUCUAGGACAGAACUCGGGAGCCCAUAAAGGAAGCUUCAGCGAUUCCCGCUGGACUGCAUCAGAGGAAGAACGAAGCAAUUAUCCUUAUGGGCAGGAGGGAACCCUCACCCGAGAGACCAUCAUGGAUCUGAACGACUGGCCAGAAAGCGACGCUGUGUCGUUCUCCCGACAAAUAUUUGGAGAAAAAUCCGCAGAUUCCUCCAAUCCCCUAAUCAGCCAAGAUGACUCGUCCCUGGAUGAAGAAGAUAUGCCCAAGAACAAAAGAGAAAGCCACUCCCUGUCCAUCGUGAAUCCCCUGGACGUUCUCCGACAGCGCCUCAUGCUCGAAAUGGCUCGCAGAAGGAUGAAAGAGAACCAGGACCAAAUCCGAGAGAACGCACUCAUUCUGAAAAAUCUCGGAAAGAGAUCCUCCUUUAGCACAAUGGUUGGCAUGGACAACAAAGGAGGACUGGAUGCUAGGACGAAGCAAGAUUAUCUCAGAAGAAUACAAGUCUCCAACUCUGAAGAAUUUGAAGUUUGAGUGUUAUAUUUAUUGCGAAGGAGAAACGAGAAGGAAAAUUCUGUAUAAAAGACUCUUUCAUCCAACAAAAGACAAGACAAAUAACCGACAAUGCAGUAUUAAAUGUGUAAAUGUAGUUUUUGGAAAUUGUAUUCGCACACACUCUAAAGCACUACACAAAACGCAUUCUUCUUCAACACAUACUCGUACCUUUAUUCAAACAUUCAUAAAUGAAAAAUAAUAAUUAAUAUGAUAAUUGCAGUAUGAUUAGAAUUAAACUCUGUUUUUGAUUCUG